UGCCUAUAUAAAACCAGGGAAAAAAAUACAAAAAUAAAAAAAAGUCAAGAACUCGAGUUCAGAGGAAAAUGGCUAGAUUCCUACUGCUUUUACUUGCAAUAAGUCUGAUAGCCAUUGGCCACGGAUCUUCAGCUCAAGUUCCGGCGCCAUCCAACAAUGCCAGUCAAGAAUACCUGGAUGCGCAUAAUCAAGCAAGGUCUGAAGUGGGAGUUCCCCCUCUGAAGUGGAGUGAGGCCCUGGCCAAAUCCGCAAGUCUAAUGGCAAGGUACCAAAGAGACCGACAAAAUUGCACUUUUGCAAACUUAACCACCAGCAAAUAUGGCGGGAACCAGUUAUGGGCUGGUGGGUUGGCGAUGACACCUCGCAUGGCCGUGGGGACUUGGGUUGCCGAGAAGAAGUUCUAUGACCAUGCCAACAAUACUUGUGCAGCGGACCACCGGUGCGGAGUCUACACCCAGGUUGUGUGGAAGAAUUCAUUGGAAUUGGGGUGUGCUCAAGCUCAAUGUGUCAAGCAGCAGUCCAGUUUAACCAUCUGUUUCUACAAUCCACCCGGAAACGUGGUAGGAGAGCGACCCUACUAGCACUAGCAGGGGUGCUUGUAUUUCGAAACCAUUCAGUCGUCUGAUGUAUGCUGGCCUGCGUUAUCAUCCAAGUUGUCUCAUUACAUGUACUGCCUCUUUUUAGAUGGUUAAUCGGAUCACGUACUUUGCUGAAGA